AUGAACAUCGUUGAAGCGCUCUUCGGUCGUACUGUGACCCCAGCCGAACGGCUACGGCAGCACCAGCGCUCACUCGCCAAAGCCCAACGCGAACUCGACCGCGAACGGUCAAAACUUGAGAUGAGUGAGAAGAAGCUCAUCGGUGACAUCAAGAAGAGUGCGAAAGCAGGACAGAUCAACGCGUGCAAAGUCAUGGCGAAGGACUUAGUCAGGACACGACGAUAUAUUCAGAAGUUCUAUCAGAUGAAGACGCAGCUGCAAGCUGUCGGGUUGCGUAUACAGACGUUACGCUCGAACCAGCAGAUGGCGGAGGCCAUGCGCGGCGCAACGCGGGCGAUGAAGGGCAUGAAUAGGAACAUGAAUCUCCCGCAGAUCCAACGCAUAAUGCAAGAAUUCGAGCGAGAGAGUUCGACAAUGGACAUGCGCGAAGAGAUGAUGAACGACGCCGUAGACGACGUAAUGGACGACGAUCUCGAAGACGAGGAAGAGGAGAGCGACGCUAUCUUGAAACAAGUGCUCGACGAAGUUGGCGUGGAUCUGUCGCAGAAACUCACAGAUGCGCCGAGUGGGCUGGCGGCGCCUGCUGCGCGCGAGACUACUAGGGCGCCUGUGGCACUGGGCGAAGCGGUCGGUGGCGGUGGCGGGCCGCCGAAGCCGCCGGCUGGAGGGAGUGGUGGGGAUGCGGGUGGGGGUGGCGCUGGGGGUGGCGCUGCUAUGAGCGACGAGGACGCGUUACAGGCUCGAUUGGACGCUUUGAGGCGAGGAUAA